CUUAACACCCAAGUGAUAAAAGUCAAUAGUACCCGUUAUGAAAAGAUCAAUAAAUCUAGCAUCUGUUAAGGAGAUUAUUUUGGCUGAUUGACAGCUUCCAUCUAACUGAAAAAACCCCAUCAACAAAGUCUUAAUUUUGUGAUAAUAAUAUCUCCUCAUUUCAGUCUUCCACAGAAGAAAGCUAUCAACUUCGUUUUGCUAAAUUGUAUUUAAUGGCGCACAGUGAGCCAUCAUAAGCUUUCCUGGAGACCCACCUUCUUCAUUUGUAAGAAUAGUAAAGUUUCUCUCAGAAAUCAUUCACUUUUUUGAAUUUCAAAAGAAUACAGUUUAUAGUUUAGUUUCUGCGGUGAAAGGGAAGAUGGGGAGAGCUACCAGAUGGUUGAGAGGCUUAUUUGGGAUGAAGAAGGAGAAAGCAAAUGCGGAUAGUUCCAAUUUGAGUGACAAGAAAGACAAGAAGAGGCAGAGUUUUGCUGUGAUUCUUGAAGAUUCGGGUUUUGUGGAUCAAACUGCAGCGAAGAAUCAUGCAAGUAAUUCCACUAGUUCAAAAUCUUAUACUUCUGAGUCGGGGAAAGAGCAGAAUAAGCAUGCUAUUGCUGUUGCUGCAGCCACUGCAGCUGCGGCGGAUGCUGCUGUUGCUGCAGCUCACGCGGCAAUGACUGUUGUUAGACUUACCAGCCAGGGGAGAGGAGCUGUGUCUCCUAGUGGCAGAGAGAUAUGUGCUGCGAUCAAGAUUCAGGCCGUCUUUAGAGGUUUUCUGUCUCGGAAAGCUCUUCGUGCUCUAAAAGGGCUGGUAAAACUACAAGCUCUUGUUCGAGGCUACCUUGUGAGGAAGCGAGCUGCUGCCACUCUUUACAGUAUGCAAGCUCUUAUAAGAGCUCAGGCCUCUAUCAGAUCUCAGAGGGCUCGUCGUUCUUUCAAACAUGAGCAGCAUUGUCAGCCAGUUACCCGACGCAGAAAGUCUGCAGAGAGGGUUGAGGACAGAAAUGAAUUCCAUAGCAAAACGCUUUCAGCUUCAUUUGAUAACAAAUAUACAGCCUUCGAAGAGAGCCCCAAAAAUGUUGAAAUUGACACAUUCAAGCCAAAAUCAACACCUCGCAGAUUUCCAACAUCUUCACCAGAAUCUGGGGAAGACCCAUAUUUCCAAAGCAGCAGUUCUCCUGCUCCAUGCGCCCUCCCUGCUCGCGUCUACAUCCCUGAUCAUCGACACGUACAAGAAUAUGAUUGGAGUUUCAUGAGUGAUGAGUAUAAGGCUUCAACUGCUCAUAGCACUCCGCGUUUUGCAAACUCUGCCUACUCAAAAAUUCCAGCAACACCGCCCAAGAGCCUAUACGGUGAUAGCUUCUUCAGGCCAUACUCAAACCACCCUAGUUACAUGGCGAACACGCAAUCUUUUAAAGCAAAAGUAAGGUCUCAGAGUGCUCCGAAGCAAAGGCCAGAACUCGGGCAAAAGAAGAAGAUGUCACUAAGUGAAAUAAUGGCAUCCAGAUCCAGCUUCAGCGGUGUUAAAAUGCAACGAUAAUGAGUAGAUCGAAUAUACUAGUAAAUCAAGUUGUCAGAGAAGCUAGAUUAUGAACAUCUUUAUUUUCGCAUUGUUCUUCACCCUGAAACGCAGCAGAAUAGAGCGGAGAGUAGUUGGUGUAUAUUAUUGUCAUAAGUUUGGUUGAACCAGUGUCACGAAAUGAAAACGGAGCGUUUUCAGUAA